AUGGGAAGUCUGAAGACCCUGGGCCUGCUGCCCAGUAAGAGCAUGGGCCUCCCCUCCCUCCAGAAGCCUGUGGACAGGCACCGUCUGUCAGGCUUCCUCUACAAUAUCUCCAUGUACCUCCAGGAGAUGGGUGCUGAGCUGGAGGAGCGACAGCUUGUCUCUGAUGAGGAACAACUGUGGGAGAAGGUAUUGCAGUCCUUUAUCCAGUCAGAGGGGGGCGCUGCGCUGAACCAGUGGGACACCCGGGAGCCCCCCAGGCCCAGCGUCAGACUCCAGGACUGGUUCCUGUCCCUGAGAGGCAGCCCUCACUGGGACGGGCUGCUGGGGCUUCUGCAGAGCCUCAUGUCCCUGUCUGAGCGGCAACCCCACAGGCCCCUGCUUGACUUCCUGUCCCAGAACUGGAGGACAGUGAGUGCCCUGCUUGAGGCGGCCCUGCAGGCGCUGGUCAGCGGGACCUAUGGCCAGGCCAGCGCCGGGCUGCAGGGUUUCAUCUGUGCCCUUAGGGGCCGCAAUGAAUGUGCCUUCAGUGUCAGCUGGCUAACACAGUUUCUCCGCUUCAUGGAGACACGCAACUGGAAGCCCGUGGUGAACCUGCACCCUGCGGGGAUGGGGGCCAACCAGAGAAGGGGCUCAGCUGUUUUUGGGCGCCUGAAACCCUUCAGCAUGCCCCCCAAGGCCCUGAGAGAGGAGGGGUUGUCUGGGAAUGCCACUCAAGGGGAUGUUGGGGACAGAAGGGACAUGGGGGGAGACCUGGACUCCCUUCAGACACUGCUCCUGCAGGCUUUAUCACGCUCUGAUGGGGGGCAGAGGGCGGGGCAGCUGGCAGAGCAAAACCCUGCCCUGCUGCAGGGAUUGGACGGCCUCAGAAGGGGAUUCUUGCACAGGGUGGGCAGCUCCGUGUACGGCAACCUGAGGAGAAAGGUGUCCCGUGUUACCAUGGCGCUGCUUGAUGAUGUCAGCAGCGUGGUGGACGUGACACAGCCCAAACAUAAGGGCAGAUGUUCCGUAGGUGACCUGAGACAGCUAAUCUUAUGGGGGAUUAGACAUAAUGUCACGUGGAAUGCUCAGGCUCUGGGCUUCAACUCACAGGGCCCUCCCAGCACCCCUCCCUUCCUCUCCUGCCCAGCCAUAGAGGGUGAGAGCGGGGACCCCAGACCCCCACCACGCCUCUCUCGCCCUAGACCAGCCCUGUCACCCCGCAGGGCACCCAAACAGAAACAACCACCCACCUCAACCCCAGUACCCCGCCGUUCCCGUCUCCUCAAGCCCCAGUCUGAGGCAGUAGAAGUUGGCCACAACCACCUGAGAGAGAUGGGGUACUUUGCCUCAGCAGAGAUCCUGGAAGCAGCGUGUAACGCCUCUAUCCCAGGCCUUACAGGUGUGUCCAACUUCACUGUGUUCCUCUACUGUAACCUGUUUGACGGGGACGAUGGGUCUGUGGACCCGGAGGUUGGUCAGGUUGGACCCGACCUACACGCCACGUGUUCCGACGCCGCCUGGUACCUGUCUGCAGCCGAGGAUGACUUCCUUUGGGUCCACGUCUGCAGUGAGUUCUUCGCUCACCAGUUCAACAACACUGUGUGUGCCAACACCUCCUUUUGGCUGCAGAGAGCACACCAGGCUGCAGACAUGAAGGACUACCACUACUUCAACCAGUCCAGUAUAGGUGACCUGUGUGUGAAGCUGUCAGGGGAGAUGGUGGAGGGCGGGGGCAGCCCAGGGCCUGACGAAGCCUGCCUGGCCCAGCUGGGCACCAGGUCACUCAGCGCCCAGGAGUUCAGACGCUGCUUCCUGCCCAACACUUCUGCUCUGGUCUCAGCCCUGUGUGGCAGCGAGUCCCCUGAGGCCCAUCCCUCCCACCCAUCCCUUCCGGAGGGCAGCUGGGCUACAGAGUACUGCUCCAGACUCCACAACUCCUCCCACCCUGAAUCCAUAGAAGACAUAUGUAACUACAGGAAGUGGAGCCUGCAGCAUUUCACCAACGCCACCCUACUGGAGCUCUGUGGCAGUACAGAGGGGCUGAGGGAGUAUGUUUGUAGCAAUGCCACCCUCUACCGCCGGCUACUCUCAGCCUAUCCUCAGUUCUCUGACCUUUGCAUUGACCUGGAUGUAGAACAGGAGGACAGGAAGUGCUUCCUCCAGUGGUUCUUUGACAUGCUCCCGGCGCCGUACAACUUUGACACAUCACAGCUGUGUGUGAGUCCUGCUCCGCUGCUGUUGGAGGCACUGCACAGGCUGAGUAUGUGUGAGGUGGAUGGGGGUGAACGCGGGGGCUGGGUGGGGGCUGUGGGUUACGUGCUGAGGGUACUGGACUUUGUGGUUGGGCUCUCAGCGGGGCUGGAUGAGGGGGAGGGGGAGGUGAGGCAGGGCCUGGGCCAGGCCAUCCUCCUUUCCAGUCUCCUUGACAACGCUUCAUUCUGGGCAACUCUGCGUCCUGACGCCUCACUGAGCGUGCUCCAAACCGUGGGCUUGUUCCUGCGCAGGGAGCAGAGCGCAGCUCUCAAAGAGGACCUGCUCAGCUGCUUCAGUCCUGUAUUAUGGGACCUCAUUGAGAGAGAGGACAACUCCUCUGCCCUCAGAGUCCUAAUGCAGGAGUACCUCCAAAUGCCCAGGGAGAGUAUCCGCACACUGGUGAUGUCAGCAGAGAAAGAUGCGGUGAAGAGGUUUCUGUCUCACAUGCACCAGAGCUGGGACCAGCUGCACGUAGAGACCACUCAGAGAGAACUGCAGGCCAUGGAGACCAUGACGUCCGCCUUCAUCCACAAGUUCCCUCGUGUGACCCCUGACCUCUUCGUCGACCUAUCACAGUUCAUACCUUUCAUGUCCGUCUCUGACAUCAUGAGCUUCCCCACCUCCUUGAUGGUCAACACCAGUGUGUUGAUGGCGAUCCGUGACCACAGCACAGAGAUGAAGUCUCCACAGAAACAGGCAUUUGUGAAGAGGCUCCUGCAGUCCAGUGUGGUGGGAGAUGUCCCUUCCUGGCCACCAUAUUUCCUCAGCUCCAUCCUCCCACUGCUCCCACAUCUCCCAGUCAGCCAAUUUCAACAGCUGACAUCAGACCAGCAGCUAGCUCUCUGUGUGUCUGAGGGACUCAUCAGUGAUUCAGGCAAGGCGGUGCGGCCUCUGAACGCCAGCACUCUACCUCCUCCAGCACUGGCCACCCUCAGGGGCCUACUGCACCAGCUAGGGGCUUCCUUCCUGCAGUCACUGCCCUCAUUACAGCUCUUGGACCUGCUAACACAACCAGGUCUGCCCAGCUUCUCCCCAGCACAGCUCACCAUGGAUACACUGUGCAGGCUGAAACCCUUACUGCCUGGCCUGUCCCCUGCUGUGCUCAGAGGCAUACACUGGUCUGAGAUCAGUGGAACCACUCUCUGCCAGUGCUGGCACACUCUACUGGCUGACCUGAAGCCUGCCCAUAGAGCCAUGCUCCACAGGGCACUGCAGGAGGCUUUAGCCAGCAACUCAAGGAACUUCACAGUGCAGCUCCAAUGUCUCCUGCCGUUUGUGCCCCUGAGGGAGCUGAUAGAGGUUCUGGAUAGAGAGACAUUCCUGAGAGAUAUGAGCCUGUACAGAGACCUGCCCUGGUCCCCCCAACAGGCUCAGCUACUUUUCAAGAGGAUCCAUCAAUCUGAAAUCAUUACCAGAGACACUGUAGAGGUGAACCUGAUUGAGAGCCUGUCUAAUACUUCACUGACAGCCAUCCUGGCUCACAUUCAGCAGCACUUUGUGGACUUCCUCAAGCUGCCCCGUCAUAAGCAGAUGGCCUUAGCAGAAAAGGCCAUCACUGUGCUGAGCACCUCUCAGGGCCUGGCUGAGGGGGAGCUCAGGGUGGGCUCUGUGGACCUCCUGGGGCCCCUGUGGCCCUUCCUGGACAGGGAUACCCUGGGGCUGGUGGACAGAGGGGCCCUGGGGCUGCAACUGGAUGAGCUGAGGGGGUACUGCCUGCCCUGGGACACCCUGAAGGACUUGGCUGCUCUGCUUACUGGGAGAGACAUGCUGGGAGAGGCAUCGGCAUGGACGGUUGGUGAUGUGGAGCUUGUUGGCAGACUGUUGUUUACUCUCUCUCCAAAACAGAUCAACUCCAUCCCACUGGUGGUGUUGAGUGCAGACACGGUGGAGGAGGUUCUGGCAGGUCAGUGGCGCUGGGAGAACAGUGAUGUGGGUCAGGCCUGUAUGUCCCAGUGUGUGGACCAGAAGGGCCAGAGAGAGAGGAUCCACAGUCUGAUACGGGGGGUUGUCAGAGCACAGAGCAGGAGAAAAGUGUCAGUCCCAAGCUGUGGUGACAUAAGAGGCACCUUCCCCUCAGCAUGGACAGCCAAUCAUCUGAGCCAGAUGGCAGGGGAGGAGUUGAGGCAGUGCGUGGAGGUCAUAGGUCAGGACGCUUCACUGAGCCCUGAGCAGCGCCGAGCACUGUGGGUAAAGCUCAGGCAGGCCUAUAGUCCAGUUAGAGGCCUGAGACCAGAGCAGGUCCUGGGGCUCGGCUGUCUUGUCACUGAGCUGGGGGAGAGAGAGCUCCAGGACAUUAACCUGACUGACCUGGGUGUCCUGGCCUACCUGGGGGCUCUGCCCGACUGGAGCCCAAAAAAGAUGAGAGCAGCAGUUGUUGGUGUGAUGCAGAAGCAGAAGUUGAAGGUGGAGCAGCUCGGAGCUGUAGAAGUGGCUUCUCUAGGACACCUUCUCUGUGGUUUCACACUGUCAGAGAUCAACAGACUGGACCCCUACAACCUCAGCAUGGCUGCUCUGUUCCUGAGGGAGCUGGCUCUGCCGUGUUCAGAGCAGCAGAUGGAGGCUCUGACCGUCCGUCUCUCCAGUCCUCAGGCCUUUGGCCCCGUCAGUACCUGGGGCCCUGAGGUCUUCACUGAGAUCGGCACACUAGCAGCGGGUCUGGAGGACAUGGUUCUGUCUGCUCUGGUACAGGAGCAGAUGGAGGGGCUCAUCCCCGAAGCUAUCGCCCUGAUUCCCCCCACAAAGAUGGCUGUGGUAUUCAGUGCGGUCCAGCUGUCAUGGCUGAAUGUGGAGCAGGCGUGGGUGGUCACAGAGAAGCAGUGGGCAGAGCUGAACAGUGGGCAGAGACAUGCCUUGGGCCUGGCGCAGUAUGAGGGGGAUGUCCUGUUAGAGCACAGAGGUAAGGAUUCACAGAGGGAGGAAUGUGGCCCCAGCAACACGGUCAGCUGA